CACGCUACAAGGUCGUCCAUGACUUCAAUCGAUGUAAAGAAAGGAAAAUGCACACGAUGGGCGAAUGGGCCGCCAUGCCAAUAAUACGCAUCUUAAGAUAAGUCUAAAAAUACUAAAAACCAACCAACUUCAAUAAUUUUAUGUUUUAUAGAGCUUGAUUUGAUUAACCCUCCAUACCCACUAUUGAUUCUCAUAAUUUUGGCAUCUUGUGUUUGGGAAGACUUGAGAGAUUGAAACAAAGGCGGAAACUUCAACGUUCACAUCAAAUACAGAGUGUCCUCUUCAUUGUUUACAGAUUAAAUAUCCUCUCCAUAUCUGCAUCUGCAACUAAUAUUCAGCAAGUGCAGGAGUCCAGAACCCCCCAACUGUUUGUUCAAUCGUGUGCUUGAUCGUCGGACAUGGCUGAUAAGGGGACUGCAGGGAACCCUAUUCGAUGCAGAGCUGCGGUUGCUCGCGAACCGGGGAAGCCUCUGGUGAUAGAGGAGAUUAUGGUGGCUCCACCAAGUCCUCAUGAAGUCAGGAUUAAGAUCAUAUGCACUUCUCUCUGUCACACUGAUCUCUACUUUUGGCGAUUGCCGGUAAUUCCUCAUUCGUAUCCAAGAAUUUUGGGUCAUGAGGCUGUCGGGAUUGUGGAGAGUGUAGGAGAGUAUGUGGAGGAAGUGACUGAAGGGGACAUGGUUAUACCAACGUUCUUGUCCGAAUGUAAAGAAUGUGCGGAUUGCAAAUCAGAAGAGAGCAACCUAUGUUCAAAACUCCCUUUCAAGAUCUCUCCCUGGAUGCCUAGAUAUGACACCAGCAGAUUCACUGACAUCAACGGCGAAGCUUUGUACCAUAUGAUUCAUGUAUCGAGUUUCAGUGAGUAUACUGUAGUUGAUGUUGCCAAUAUCUGCAAGAUUGAUCCUACAGUCCCUCCGAACCGAGCUUGCCUCCUUGGUUGUGGAGUGUCAACAGGAUUUGGAGCUGCUUGGAAAACUGCAAAUGUGAAGGCAGGAUCGACUGUCGCGAUAUUCGGGCUGGGAUCAAUUGGAUUAGCAGUUGCAGAGGGAGCAAGACUAUGCGGUGCUGCCAGAAUCAUAGGAGUAGAUAUAAAUCCUAAAAAAUUUGAAGUUGGAAAAGUCUUUGGACUAACUGAUUUUAUCAGUGCUGAAAAAUCCGAGAACAGUAAACCAAUAAGCCAGGUAAUCAAAGAGAUUACUGAUGGAGGUGCGGACUAUUGCUUUGAAUGUGUUGGUUUCUCACCGUUGGUGCGUGAAGCUUAUGCGUCCUGUCGAAAGGGUUGGGGGAAGACAGUUGUAUUAGGUUUGGACAAACCAGGAGCAGAGAUAAGCCUGGACUCUCUUGAUUUUAUUCUAGAGAAAAAGAGCCUCAUUGGAUGCUUAUAUGGAGGUCUGAAAAUUAAAACUGAUAUACCAACUCUAGUAAACCUUUACAUGGACAAGGAAUUGAAUCUGGAUGAGUUUGUAACUCACGAGAUCAAAUUUGAAGACAUUAACAAAGCAUUUGAUCUACUCAUUGAAGGGAAGUGUCUCAGAUGCGUGAUUUGGAUGGACAAAUGAAAUGAGUUUCUUCUUCACCUGAUAUAUAUAUAUAUAUGAUUGGAAUAAAUUUAAAACUAACUUAUUUGUGUGGUAAUGCGUAUGAAUUAGAGAAAAUUGAUUGAGGUAAGAAAUUUUUGAGUCUUAAGAUGA